GAUAUAUGAUUCAUAUUCAACAAUUGUUAAGUACUUAGCCUGAGUGCAUUAUAGUUUAUAUUGUACUGUUCGAGUUUAUAUACGCAGUAAAUCAAUCAAAAUUACGUGAUUUAAAACGACUGAGUAAUGAAACAAGAAAUUUAAUAAUGAAAAAGCUUCCAUGUUCUUUAUUGAUGUGAUAAUGCGGUUGUUGUAGUUUUGGUGUUUUUGUUUUUUGUUGUUUUUUUGUUGUUAUUGUUGUUGUUGUUUUAGGGAGGGACAUGGUUUGUUUGUUCUUUUACCUAUUUAAUUCAUUUGUCAUGUAAGGAAGGUAAAGGAGGGUGGAGCAAGGCGUCCGUAGUCGAGUAAUUAAUGCCGCUGACUUCAAAUAACCUGCCCCUCACUACUCAGGGUUCGAAUCACGCAAGGGUGUUUGGAUACUGUUAUGUUAAGAAGCUAUCCAGCAGCUCAAAGAAUGCUGGUGGUUCUACCCAGGUGCCCGUUUGUGCCUGAAAAAAGAUGCACGGAGCGGCACCUGAUGUCUUCCUCCACCAGUAAAGCUGGAAAGUCGCCAGAUAACCUUUAUAGCGUUGAUGCGACAUCAAACUUAACCAAACUGAAAAGAUGUACAGCACCAAUAACUCUUUACCAUGGUUCGAAUCCAGGCAGACAUGUGAUCUAGCCACACCACCUUACGAACUCUUCUUUGGUGAGCUGAAAGUAAAUCUUAAAGUUAAUAUAUCAAAGGAGCAUUGGAUAGGAUACUUCAAAGCUGUCACAGGAUUCGAGUACAUAGCUUGCAUACCAUUCGUAGAGUUUAAGGCGAGGAUAACGUUACCAUCAAUGACCCAAGGAUUAUGUUAUUCAGCCUGUGGGAAGAAGCCAACAUUUGGCAUCAGAUCAACAACAUGUUAUUGUGAGGAUGAGAUAGGUUACGACGAAAGUUUACAAUUUUCUUCUCCCGUUGAGUGCGUGUCAAUCUACAAAGUAAAUAAAGAUGUGGUCAAAAAUCACCCUGAAGGCGCCGACAAAUCAAAGUGUAUGACAUUCCAAACUCAGCCAGAAAAUAAACAUCAGUUAUCUAAGCUGUAUAAAUGGACCGACUGCGGACAAUACUUCAAGCUCUUUUGUGAAAAUGUUGAUAUUGGGUCACAUAAUGAAGUAGACAACGAAUGGAAGGAAAGCGCAGAAAAGUGUUUUAACAGAUCAAGCCAUCCACUUAGAUACAAUGACCUACAGGCAAAAAAGAUGAACUUUACUGGUCCGGUAUGGACAAGCCUCAUUUGCAGUGACGUCAUUUAUGAAUAUAAAGAAUAUGAUAACCGUCUGCCAAAUAUUCGAUUUGGGUAUGUGAAGGGAACAAAAACUGAUGCUGUUCUCAAAUUCACUUCUGACGAUACUCAAUAUAAAGCUUUAUGUAUAGGUGGUCAAGGAAGGAAAACCAAUACUGGACCAACUAAAACUUCAUUCAGCUCUGCAUCAACGAAAAAAAGUACAAGCAAGUAUUCUGAUACAUCAGCACAAUCAUCUACCACAUCAAUGUAUAGUAGUAGUUCAUUGGCUAUACAGGUGUCAUCCAACCGUACAUCAAUGAAACUGUAUGGAGAACAGAAUGUCGGCAAUGAGGAUGGAGAUUCUACAGUCUAUGUCAUUGUUGGUGCCUCAGUUGGGACUUUAGUGGCUGUUGGUAUAUUAGCUGUUACCGUUGUUGUGAUAUUCAGAAGGAGACGAUCAGCCACACCAAAAAUAUCAAAUACUGAACAUGAGGUUGUUUAUAGCAACGCAACAUCAAGUGACAUUCCCUUACAUUUGGCAGAGAACGCUAGUGUGCCCAAACCAAAUGCUGACAGUUCUUAUUCCCAGGCAUAUGGUCUUGGUAAGGAAAAUCUAACUAAAUCAUGCACAUUAGAUGAAAAAUAUGAUACCACUAAAGCUGGUGUUAAAAACAUGAGUAAUCCAAACGAUAACAUUUAUAACAAGUUGGGAGCAGAUGAAACGUACGACAUCACUGGUCCUGAAAAAAGUGCUAAAUUCAAUGAAAGUAGCAAUAUGUAUGGCAAACUGAAUGAAGAUAUGGAAAAUGUUUACAAUACAGCCGGAACUGAAACGAAAAAUCAAAUUGUGAGCGAAAAUAUAUAUAAUAAAGGUGGUAAAAACAUUGAUGAAACAUAUGAUCAUGUGUCCAACAAAUAAAUUGCAACAUUUGUUAUUUAUAAAACAUUCCUGCCAUUUCUCAUUAAGAAAGUCUCAAGUUAGUUUGAAAUAAGUCCAAGAUCAUUUAAAACCAAGGUAGCAAACUGGAUAUUAUUAAUGAUUUUGUGAAAUGUAUGUUCUUUUCAUGUACGUAACCUUUUGCAACAGUGACAUCAAUGUUAACACAUUAAGUGUUACUCAUGGGUACAACUAGUAGAAGGGUGAUCGUCAUUUAAAUCGUUUUGCAGCUGUUAGUUCUCUUACAUUACUCUUAUGUAUGUAUUAUGAGCCGUUUAAAUAUCAAGGACAAAAUUGACUUAUUUAUUUGGAGUAUACAACAAGUGGUCUUUUUGGGCCAAGAGAUUGAUAUGGCUAUGUGUUCAUAAGUGAUGAAAUAUCAUUUAGAUGUUAUAAUAUCUAUUUGCCGCUUAAAUCAUGAAAACAAUAUCGCUUACUAAAUAUAAGGAAGGCAAAAUUGACUGAAGACUAGUAUGCACGCUAUUUUUUUUAAUGAUACAUUACAGAAAAAAAGUUAAUGUAAAACUUAGCGAGUUGUAUUUCUUGUACAAUUUUUUGGGACAAAUUUUGUCCAAAAUGGUCUUUAUAUUGUUAAUUGAAAUAACAUAGGUGGAAUAGGUGAACAAUUAUUGUAUAGUUAGCAUAGUGUUGCGAUUAUAAAGACUUGUCAUUUCCUAUUUAGAAUAAUACCAAUGUUAGGGUGGUUUUCACAGUUAUUUUGUUCGCAUUCACUUUAACGUUCUCGCCAACCGUCGAACAAUUUCGAUGGGAUAUGCCUGAAAAGGUUUAAUUAUUAACAAUUAAUUUUUCAUGUUCAGAAGGAAGGCAUUUUAAUCAUGAAAUUCGAAAACAAUAUAAUAUAAGAAAAAAGCAUUUUCUAUUUUUUUAUGAUAUAUUUUGAAAAUAUUAAGAUAUAUUACUGCACUUAAAAUAAAAGAAUAUUGGAUGCAUUUAUUGUUGAAAGUUCGUAAAAAAGACAACUUUAGGAGUACUCCGUCUUUUCACAAAAAAUGGAAAAGGAAAUACAAUAUAUUUAUAAUUUCAUUACACGUAUUUCAUCAAAGUUAUAAUGUUAUAUUUAAUUGAAUUUUGGGAACAAAGUUUGUCUGUGAUGUCAAAUUUUGUUUUAAAAAUGGUAUUUGCAUUUUAAAGAGUGUAGAUCUUAGGUCGACAAAGUUUAAAUGUUUGUUUUUCUUCAUAUAAACCAUCAAAUAUUUCAUGUUCAAAAUAGAUAUCUUGUGUUCCAAGCACUCACUACUUCGUCAAACCAAACAUGGGUUAAUUUGUAUUAUAUCAUUAUAUCAUGUCGGCUUCGGUUAACGUGAGCAUUUUACUGAGGAAACAAAACAAUAGAAAACAACAUUAAACUCCAAAUUCAUACGAAGUUUGGCUCCCAGCUUUUCAUAUGAUUCGCCUGUCUGAGCUGGACUCCAAAAGUAAGUUUUCGUUUGGUUAAUUAACAUCAGUGUCAAUCAGCUUACAAAAAGAUCAAAUAUAUCAUUGCCCUCUAUCAUUCCGGUUUUUAAAAGACCACCUAUAGCAAAAAAUUAUUUUGUUAUCAAAUUGUUAUUUUUGUUUUGUAUUUGUUAUUUAUUUCAUACAUUUAUGCUAAUGUAUAGUCUAAUGAUUAAAGUUUGAUAUUACUUUU